UCAGCGUGCGGGCUUGCUCCAUGCGCUCACACAACGGGUUCCUUCUAUCAGUCUGUUUGAUCCGGGAUUAGAAAGCGCAUAAGUCUCCUUUAUGUCCUCUCGCUCGAGUGUGUGUUGUGUGUGUGUGUGUGCGUGUGCGUGCGAGCGAGCGCGCGUGUGUGUUCUUUUGCAUGCGUGUAUAUAUGUCCACGACAGAACAGGUGAUCCUCGUUAACAGUGAAGCGAUGCUGGACGCAUUCCUGCUUUUCGUUUGAACAAUGAUAGCACCCAAAAGGGGAAUAAAUCUGUUGCAUACCCUUUCACUUCAAGGAAACUUCAGAAGAUAGACAAUUAUAGAUUUUUGACAACUCCAGAACUUGUGUGCCUUUUUUUUUUUGCUCCUCGUUUCUUCGAUUAAACGCGACGGCGGCCGUUUGGAUCCACUUGAAAUAGAUCAAAACUGUGUCCCGUUUACUUUUUGGUUCAAAUCCCGGUCCCAGUCAUUUUUAAAUGUUCGGGAUUCAAGAUCACUUAAGCAGAGGAGUAUCCGGCAUUAAAGAGAAAGAGCACGGGGGUGAGAUGGAUUCGGUCCGGUCUUGGGUCCGUAACGUUGGGGUCGUGGACGCUAACGUCGCCGCACAAAGCGGGGUGGCUCUGUCCCGGGCGCACUUCGAGAAGCAGCCGCCCUCCAACCUGCGCAAGUCCAACUUCUUCCACUUUGUCCUGGCGCUGUACGACCGGCAGGGGCAGCCCGUGGAGGUGGAGAGGACGGCGUUCGUGGACUUCGUGGAGCACGACAAGGAACACAGUGGAGAGAAAACGAACAAUGGAACACACUACAAACUCCAGCUCCUGUACAGCAAUGGUGUGCGAACAGAGCAGGACCUGUAUGCACGGCUCAUUGACUCGGUCACCAAACAGCCGAUUGCGUACGAGGGACAGAACAAAAACCCAGAGAUGUGCAGAGUCCUGCUCACCCACGAGGUUAUGUGCAGCCGCUGCUGUGAAAAGAAGAGCUGUGGAAAUCGCAACGAGACGCCCUCUGACCCCGUGAUCAUUGACAGGUUUUUCUUGAAGUUUUUUCUCAAAUGUAACCAGAACUGUCUGAAGACGGCAGGGAACCCCAGAGACAUGAGGAGAUUCCAGGUGGUGCUGUCUACAACAGUGAGUGUGGAUGGGCACGUCUUGGCUGUGUCUGACAACAUGUUUGUCCACAAUAACUCCAAACAUGGGCGGCGGGCAAGGAGGCUAGACCCCUCUGACUCUGCAGAGCCUGGCAUGGAGUAUGCCACACCCUGUAUCAAGGCCAUCAGCCCCAGCGAGGGCUGGACAACAGGGGGCGCCAUGGUCAUUGUGAUCGGGGAGAAUUUCUUUGACGGCCUGCAGGUGGUUUUUGGAAGCAUGCUGGUGUGGAGCGAGCUGAUCACUCCACACGCCAUCCGAGUGCAGACGCCCCCUCGCCACAUCCCCGGAGUUGUGGAGGUGACGCUGUCCUACAAGUCCAAGCAGUUCUGCAAAGGGGCUCCAGGCCGUUUCAUCUACACAGCACUGAACGAGCCCACUAUCGAUUACGGCUUUCAGCGUCUUCAGAAAGUCAUUCCCAGACAUCCAGGGGACCCGGAUAAAUUGGCCAAGGAGAUGUUACUGAAGAGGGCCGCUGACUUGGUGGAAGCUCUGUAUGGCAGCCCGCACAGCAACCAGGACAUGCUGCUGAAGCGCGCGGCCGACAUCGCCGAGGCGCUGUACAGCGUGCCCCGCUCUCACAGCCAGCUGCAGGCCCUGCCCAGCUCGCCCGCCCACGGCAGCGUCAUGGGGCUCAACUCCUACAGCAGCCAGCUGGGUGUCAGCAUCGGGGAGCCCGGCCAGGCCAGCGGUCAAGGCUACAUCCGGAACUCCAGCAGCCUGUCCCCUCGGGGGUACCCCUCAGCGUCCACGCCCCAGCAGUCAGGGUAUGGCAGCUCAGGGGGCAUGAACGGCUACGGUGCGGUGCCCAUGUCCAGCCUGGGGGUGCCAGGAUCUCCAGGCUUCAACAGCGCCUCGCCCACGGGCUCCCCCUACGGCAUCAUGCCCUCUAGCCCCACGGUGCCCGGCUCCAGCUCCUCAUCCAUCCUGCCCUUCUCCUCGUUCCCCUCCGUCAAGCAGAAGAGUGCCUUCGCCCCAGUCAUCCGACCCCAGGGCUCCCCCUCCCCGGCCUGCCCGGCCACAGGGGGCAACAGUUUCCGAGCUAUGACCGGCUUGGUUGUCCCACCCAUGUAGGAGCCACACCCACCACCCCUGAGUCAGGUUGUCUGCUUGUCGGCGCUCUUCUGACAGGCUUCGCCCCCAACGGCGGCCAUGUUUUUUGGCAUUUUUGACCCCACCUCUGACCUUUCACCUCAGCUCCUGCUUCUUGGCACACCGGGCAGUGACAGACAACGGCCACACCAGGGCCCUUUUCUGCUCCAGAAGCUGGAAUCAGAUUGUUUCAAAUAAAUAAAUAAGCGACCGCUUGAGCAGUCCAAACGAAGGGGGCUAGGAGGCCUUUGACUUGCUGGCUUCAGAGCCGACCUCUGAACAAAAACCUUCUUGCUUCCUGGAGACUUCCUGCAUCAACACCUGACACACACACACACAAAAACACCCUUCCGCCUGCUAAGGAAGAGGCCAGACAAAACGUUCUAGGUCUUCACCACAGACGUCCAGUGCUCGGGACUGCAGACACUCGGGCUUCGAAGGACAUGGAGGAACUGGCCAGUCACAGAGCCCGCCUCUGUGCCAACUUUCUGAGAGACAAACAAGAAGGUGCCGGGAUUUCAGCAGCUUGUCUCAGAUCGCAGACUUCUGAACAGACGGCCGCCUUCAAAAAAACUCUGAAAUCAAGUCUGUAUUGGUAGACAUUUCAGAAACGAUUGCCGUUCCUAGGAAGAAACGGACGGAAUGCUGGGAACGCAGGCAGGCUCUGGACUUUGAAAGUCGACACAUUCCAGAAUCUCGUGGUCUCUUCCCUUAUAGCGUAUCUUUAUGAUUCCGACUCCGAGAUUCCAGACUCCGGGGUACACAAAUACCCAGGGCUACGGCGGACCACUACAUACACCUUUUUAUUUAAAUGAGCAAUUUAACUUAUUAUUAUAGUUAGAUUUAGGAAUAAUAUAAAAUUCCUUCAUUUUGUAAUUAUUAUUAUAAUUAUUAUUGUUAUAAUAUUUUUUAUCAUUAUUGUUGUCAUUAUUACUGCUACUCUUUCGGCAAGGUAUUUCACUUGGUAUAUUAAAAUAAAUAGAAGUAUUAAUAAAACGAAGCAAAAUAUGAACUGUUUUCCUACAGCAAAAUUAUUUAAACAUGAUGUAAUGUUCUAAGAAACCGAAACACAGUUCCAAACCAAAUGCUAUUGAAGAUGGAUGAUUAUGACAUUGAAAUGCCUUUUUUUCAUCAGAUACAGCACUUUCACAGAAUUUAUGUUGUUAUUACAGUUCAGUACUGCUAAGGUGACAGCAGCUCUCAUCCAUUUGACAGAUUUAUGUUUUUAUUCCUUAUAACCUUAAGUGAUUUGACUUUUUCUGUGUAUAUUUGUUUUAUAUGCAUGGUCACAUUUUUAAAACACUUUAUUUUACAUUGAGAAAUAUUGUUAAUUUUGUACCAUAAUGUUGUGUUAAUUUGAAGUACCUAAUCUCCCCCCCCCCCACCACACCGUUGCUAUGCAGUAAUAUAAGCACAAAAAAGCUUUUAUAUAGAUAACAAAACUUAAUUGUCAGAAAACAUCAUGACGUACAGCCAUUUUACUCCAUUUCUGAACAUGGUCUAUAUGAUCAAAGUGAUUUUUUUAAAAUGCAAAUUUAUGUCACUCGAGGUAAAUUAUCAGACUAAUUUUCAAAUAAAAGUUUCUUA